UCAAUAUUUUGGUCAGAGAUUUCCCGGUCGGGUCGAGGAAACUGGGUUGAUCCGGUUUGUCAUUACCCUAAUGGGCUUCUCCCUCGUCCUUACGAAGUAAGGAACACUGCUUCCACUCUGUCGAAGAACCCUUCUUCUCGUCACUCUCAGACUCUCCUUCUAUACCUCUUCAUCUCUGUUGCAACGUUGGUGUUCAGUUUGUUUUGCUGAUUAUGAUUUGGGACUCAGGGGUAGCUUGGAAGUGGCACAAUAUUCUUGAAUUGGUAAAAGGUUCUUAUCCUUUGAACCUUGGUGAUAGCUAAGAUUUUAAUCUGACUCUCCCAGAUUAUAUUAACUCCCAACUAAUGUCAACCAAGAGAGCCUCAUCAGUUACUGUUAGUUCUCUUUUGAAGUUGUGCAAACAAUGUUCUUUACAACACAUUGCAGACUGUAUCAAAGGCCUGAAUACAUUGAGGGUUAUGAGCACUGCUGUUGAAAGGACUGAUUUUCAGUUUUGUGGUGGUCAUCAAAAUGAUGAUUCUUUAGGUUACCAGCAAAGUCAUGUUGGGUUUUAUCAGGAAAGCCGGAAGAAGGCUGAUACUAAUGAGUUUUUGAAUAAGCAAAGACCUGAUUAUGUUGCCCAAGCAAAUUCAAGUCAAUCUUAUUGGAAUAAUCAUGCAAAUUUGGAGCAAAAUUCUUAUGCAGCUCGUCAGAUUGCAGAUGGAGGCCAUAUAAAUGUGCCCAUAAACAUUAAGAAUAAUUUGGUGGGACAUAAUGGAAAUGCCAACGGAUACUUUGGUCAAGACAAAAUGAAAAUGCAACAAAAAGUUGGGGUAGGAGUUGAUAAUGCACGGGCAUCUGGGAUGCAUCCAAAUGCAUUCGCUGAUAAUCAUGGUUGGACACAAGAUCCUGGACAAAGGAUGCAGUCUCUCAAUCCAUAUACUUCACCUAGGCUUUUAGAAUCACAGGGAAAUCCUAGAGGGGGCUUGAACCAAAACAGUGAUUGUUUUCAGCAGCCAUCAACUGUUCAAUACAAAGAGGGUAAUGAGACGCCUCAACAGUACUCAGGUUCUGGACAGUUUCAGCAGAGUCUUAAAGAUGGUCAAUAUUCUCCAAACUUUAAUAUUUCACAGAGAUCAAUGGUUGUUGGUUCUCAUCUAUCGAACAAUGCAAAUCCUGGUGGUGAAUCAAAUGAGGCAUCUAAUGAUAGUCCAUAUAGAGGUACACUUGAGGAACUAGACAGUUUCUGCAAUGAGGGUAAAGUGAAGGAAGCUGUUGAAGUUUUGGAAUUACUGGAAAAACUACUUAUUCCUGUGGAUUUGCCUCGCUGUUUGGAAUUAAUGCGCCAAUGUGGGGAGACUAAAUCUCUUGAAGAGGCGAAAAUUGUACACAGACAUGCUUUACAACAUCUGUCACCUCUGCAAGUCAGCACUUAUAAUAGAAUAUAAGAGAUGUAUUUUGAAUGUGGUUCUGUAGAUAAUGCUCUCAACAUUUUCAACACUAUGCCUGAGCGCAAUUUGACUACCUGGGAUACUAUGAUAACACAGCUUGCAAAAAAUGGGUUUGCAGAAGAUUCAAUUGAUCUGUUUACUCAAUUUAAAAACCUGGGACUUAAACCUGAUGGGCAGAUGUUCAUUGCAGUUCUAUCUGCAUGUAGUGUGCUGGGAGAUAUUGAUGAGGGAAUGCUGCACUUUGAAUCCAUGAUCAGAGAUUAUGGCAUUAUACCAUCAAUGGCUCAUUUUGUCAGUGUAGUAGACAUGAUUGGCAGCAUUGGGCAUCUUGAUGAAGCCUUUGAAUUCAUUGAGAAAAUGACAAUGGAGCCAAGUGCUGAUAUAUGGGAGACUUUGAUGAAUCUGUGUAGAGUUCAUGGGAACUCUGGGCUGGGGGAUCGCUGUGCUGAGCUACUUGAGCAGCUAGAUUCAUCUCGAUUAAGUGAACAAUCAAAGGCUGGCCUUGUACCUGUUAAAGCCUCAGACUUGUCAAAAGAGAAAGAAAAAAAGUUAGCAAGCAAAAAUCUUCUUGAAGUAAGGAGUCGUGUUCAUGAAUAUCGAGCAGGAGAUACAUCUCAUCCUGAAAAUGAUAAGAUAUAUGCUUUGUUGAGAGGUCUAAGGUCACAAAUGAAAGAAGCUGGCUAUAUUGCGGAAACAAAAUUUGUGUUGCAUGACAUAGACCAGGAAGGCAAAGAAGAAGCUCUUCUUGCCCACAGUGAGAGACUUGCUGUUGCUUAUGGUCUCCUUAGCAGCUCCGCUCGCUCUCCCAUCAGAGUUAUUAAGAACCUCCGUGUUUGUGGUGAUUGCCACACAGCACUAAAGAUUAUCUCUAAGCUUGUAGGUAGAGAACUCAUUAUUCGAGAUGCAAAAAGGUUCCACCAUUUUAAAGACGGGCUAUGCUCCUGCCGUGAUUAUUGGUGAACAUGAACUUAGGUGUAUCUUGGCUACCAAAUGGAUUCAAUAGCAUGGGCGUUGCUAAACCCCUCUUGACCGGUCAUAAAGAUAUUGUUCAAAUCCACGAAGAGAUUGGAAUUUUGUUUAACCAGGCUCUUCCAUACUAAUAAAUCAAGCAGUGGGACAUGUAUUCAGGAUGCGGAGGCAUUAUUCUUUCUGGGUAGUCUUAUGCUAUAUAAAUUAUUAUUGCUCUUGAGGCAAGGAAAAGUUUAUGUAUUUGAUAGGAAACAUUGAUGUUCAACAGUAUACUUUCAGACAACUUUAUUGACUGUCAAUAUCUCAAAAUUCAAAUCAUCGGAGUCAUUAUUCUAAA